AUGGCGCUGGCAACGAUAGAGUCAUCACCACCGUCGAUCAUCCCCACCGCCGCAUCACCACCGUCGAUCAUCCCUCACCACCACCCCCACCACCACAGUCACCUCAUUCCUCCACUCGCCAGCGGCGUUGCCGCCGCCUUCUCCUGCCUCAUUCUCCUCACCGUCUGCUUCCGCAAAAUCUCCCACAAACGCAUCAUCCCCGCUGAUUCCAAGCCGCCGCACUGCUUCUCCUACUCUUCCCUCCGCCGCGCCACCGACAAUUUCUCCGAAUCUCACCGUCUCGGCCAAGGCGGCUUUGGCUCCGUCCACAGCGGAACCCUUACCGACUUGAACCUAGAAGUUGCCGUGAAGGCUAUGGACGCCGGUUCUCUCCAGGGCGAGCGCGAGUUCCAGAAUGAGCUCUUAUUCGCGGGAAAGACUGAAUUAAAUUACAUCGUCUCGCUCAUCGGAUUCUCCUCUGACCAGAAACGGCGACGUAUGUUACUGGUGUAUGAGCUCAUGAGAAACGGAAGCUUGCAAGAUUGCUUGCUUCAUCGCAAAAGUUCGGGUUCGCCGUUCACCGUUCGGGAUCAGAAAAGUGGGUCUUUGAAUUCGAUUAUUUUCACUCAAUUUUACAAACCCAAUUUUGAGAAAUCUGCAUAUUUUUUAGUUUUGAAUUGA